ACAGAGAUGAUGUUUACAUUUUACCAGCCUUUUACACCUUUUGUAUUUGGUUCUUUAUCCAAGCUCUACUUUUUGGAUUCAUAAUUUAUCAAUGGUUUGAACCUGCUAAUGAUGUCACAGUUGAAGGUGUUAGUUGGUAUAAUGUCGCUGCUGGUACAUUAUCCAUCAUUUGGUUUUUACUUGCUCCAAAUAAAAACCUUGUAUUGUUGAAUGCAUUCAUUUUAUUGGCUAUGUUCGUUGUUUUGUUCCGUUUAUUCGACACUUUAUCACUUGCUGGUGAUUUUAUCCAUUUAUCUAUAAUAAAAUCAUGUUAA